AUGGGAUACGGGGGUCAGCCCUUUCACCAUCAGCAGGCGCAGCAGCAACAACAGCAGCAGCAGCAGCAGCAGCAGUCGCAGCAACCCCAUCAGACAUCGCAGACCCAGCAUCCGCUGGGGCCGCCGCGCCAGCAUAUCCCGUCGCCGUCGCUAGGCGCCGCGCCGAAUCUGCCGCACCAUGGAGGCAGUCCAUUUCCUAGUAACAAACCCCUGUUUCGCGCAGGUCCACCGCAGCAACAGGCAUUCUCUGCAGGGCAAUCGCCCGAUUUGCGCAAGAUGGCACCGACAUCUUCGAGCCCAUUGACUGGGUACCCCACCACGACUAGCUACGGGCAAUAUCCCGGUCAUUUUGCGCCGCAGGGCUCUCCUGAGGUGAUGUCUCGCCCGGACUUUAUGGCUCGUAAUUCCGAUCCGAUGGCUCUGCAGAACCUACAGCGUGGCUUCCAGAAUCAAAUGGCGCAUAUCCGACCCCAGCCUGUAAUGAGCCCUCCGACGGGCAUGUCCCAAGGGCAUGGCAUGGGGAUUCCAUCGCCUCAGCAGUCGUUGAACAGGCUUCCGCACUCGGGUGUCCAACAGCGCGAAAGCCACCCCUCCGCCAGUUCGUCCAUGGCUAGUCCCUCCAUGUUCGCUAUCAACCAGCAGCGCCAGCAGCCCCAGUCACAACCCCAAUCGCCUCAGCAAACCCAGCAGCAGUUGCAUCAAUUCCAACAAAGACAACACCAGCACCAGCAGUAUCAACAGCAACAGUAUCAACAACAACAACAACAGCAGGAGCGUCUUCAGCAGCAAAGGAUCGAACAGCAACGACUCGAGCAGCAAAAGCAACUUCAACAGCAGCGCCUAGAGGAGCAGCAACGUCUCGAGCAGCAGAAGCAGCAGGAACAGCAGAAACGUCUGGAGCAGCAACGGCAAGAGCAACAACGCCAGGAGCAACAACGCCAGGAACAGCAGCGCUUAGAGCAGCAACGCUUAGAGCAGCAACGCCUGGAGCAACAACGUCAGGAACAGCUACGCCUGGAGCAGCAGAAGCAGCAGGAACAACAGAAGUUGGAACAACAGAAACGCCUGGAACAGCAACGUCUAGAGCAGCAGAGGCAGCAGAAACAGUUGUUAGAACAGCAGCGGCUUGAACAACAGAAAAAACAGCAGAUGGAGCAGCAACAAAAGCAGCAACUGGAGCAGCAGAGACUGCAAAAGCUACAACAGCAGACAUUGGCUCACAAUUCAUAUCAGCAGCAACAUUCUCCUUUCCCGCAACACUCGCAGGUUUCAUUUCAUCAAUAUCAGCCGCAGGCUCAGGCUCAUAAUCAAUAUACGCAACACCAGCCACAGUUCUCGCAAGCUCCUCCGCAACCUCAAUUCACCCAAUCUCAACACACGCAAUUCCAGCACUAUCAACCUCCUUCACAGCCAGCAGCAGAGAAGCCUGCACGACCCCCUCCUGCGCCAUCUGUGCCUGCUGCAGCUACGGGUAACGUGAUCAUCAAGACUGAGCACCCAAGCCCGGCACCGAAAAAGAAGUCAAAACCUAGGCAGUCUGUAGUUGCACAGGCUCAGCCUCAACAUCAGGCCACCCCUCAGCCUCAGGUUACUCUGAAUCCUUCAGCUCCUGCUGCUGCGCCGCCCAGCACGCCAAUGCAGGCAAAUGGACAAGCACAAGGACAAGCAACUACUGUGCCGGCAGCUGGUGGUAUGCCCCCAGCUACGCCGACCCCAACAAAACGCAAGCGCGGGCGCCCACGGAAAGAGGAAGUCGCGGCCAGACAGGCUGCCGCUGCCGCAGCCGCUGCCGCUGCUGGCCUUCCCCUCCCAGGGACAUCUCAACCCGGACAAUCAUUCCCGCCAAACAUGACGCCGACUGCACCAGGAUCUGCUGGAGCGCCCAGCUCGAGCACUCCCCAAAUUAUUAUCGGGCCAGACGGAACUCCGCUACCAUUCAAGCGUAAACGUGGUCGUCCUCGCAAGGCUGAUCAGAUCGCCUGGGCAGUUGCAACGGGCCAACCGUUGCCGCCACCAAAGCCCAAGAAGCCAUCCACUGCUAAGCCGAGCGGUACUGGUCGACCUCGUGGCAGACCUCGCAAGGCAGAUGUCGCCGCGGCGGCUGCUGCCGCUGCGGCAGCAGCCGCCGCCGCAGGUGGUGAUCAGGUACAGGGAGAAAACAAGCCUCAGAUAGGUGACAAGCCAGAUGCGAAUGCAGCUCAGAAGCGCUCGGCACCCGCUGAUGACGACCCGCGCAAGCGGCCUUGCCCAACACCUCCACACCUACAACAAGGCCAGCCUCAACCUCAGCCUCAGCAACAGGGACAGCACUUACCUGCCCGAAGCCAAGCAAAUUCACAGCCAAGCCAGGCUUUACCGCCGCAGCAACAUCACGGGUUCACUCACAUGCCGCAGCCAGGGCAGCACAUGGGACACCAGUCUGGUCAGCACCUGCCACAGCAGCAGAACCAGCACCAGCACCGUCCACCAAACCAGCAAUUGCCCUUGCAACCUGGCCACCCGCUAUCCUUGCCGCCGCAUAUGCAGAUGCACCAACAGACUACCGCUCACCCUCCCCGGCCGACGCCACCUCAUCCGUUCAUGCAAACUCAGAUGCCAUCGAUGCAGUCGCCAAUGCAGCAGUCGCCAAUGCAGCAGUCGCCAAUGCAGCAGUCACCAAUGCAGCAGUCACCAAUGCAGCAGUCACCAAUGCAGCAGUCACCAAUGCAGCAGUCACCAAUGCAGCAGUCACCAAUGCAGCAGUCACCAAUGCAACUCCCUCAGCCGAUUCACGGACAUCCUCAACACCAGGGGCAGCAGCAGCUUCAGCAUCAGGGACACCACCAUGCUCAAAGUCGUCCUCCAGCGCAGCAACAAAAUCGAGCUCCGCCGGCGCCGGCCCCACAGCAUCAGCAUCAGCAUACCUUCCAGGUUCAGCUCCAGCCUCAAACGACCUAG